GCAUGAUUCUCAUUUGGAUCCUGUCCUUUACUGCCCUUUUGGGGAACGUCUAUGGCUGCGGCGUUCCAGACAUUAAUCCAGUUAUUUCUGGAUAUGCCAGAAUUGUGAAUGGUGAGAAUGCUGUUUCUGGGUCCUGGCCAUGGCAGGUGUCCCUGCAGGACAGAACCGGAUUUCACUUUUGCGGCGGGUCUUUGAUUAAUUCCCUUUGGGUUGUCACGGCUGCUCACUGCGGAGUCACAACUUCUCACCGUGUUGUUCUGGGAGAAUAUGAUCGUUCAUCUUCUGCUGAGGCAAUCCAAACCAAAUCAAUUGCAAGGGUUUUCAGACAUCCAAGCUACAACUCUAACACUUUUAACAACGACAUCACUUUGCUGAAGCUCUCCAGCGUUGCUACUUUCAACAAUCGUGUUUCUACUGUAUGUGUUGCUGCCAGUAUUGAUGUUUUUAAUAGAGGAGAGAGAUGUGUUACAACUGGAUGGGGAUAUAUCAAUGCUUCAUCACAACUUAGUCCAAGCAAACUGCAACAAGUGUCUCUGCCUCUUCUGAGUAACACUGACUGCCAAAAAUACUGGGGGAAUAAGAUUCUGAGCACCAUGAUCUGUGCUGGAGCUUCUGGAGCCUCCUCCUGUAUGGGUGACUCUGGUGGACCUCUUGUGUGCAAGAGGAAUGGAGCUUGGACUUUGGCUGGAAUUGUGUCAUGGGGAAAUUCAGCAUGCUCUACUUCAUAUCCUGCUGUGUAUGCUCGGGUCUCAGCUCUUAGAGCCUGGUUGGACCAAACUGUAGCUGUUAAUUAAAAGUUUAUUUUUUUCACUGUUAAUAAAGGGAAUCUGCUAAAACAUGUUUUUAGCUACAGCCCCUAGAACUAAAACAAAAUUAGGGCCACUUCUUGGAAUACAUUUGAAUUUUAGAUGUAACAAAUUAAGCUA